AUGGCACAGUGGCCAUCACUUCGCCGCUUCUUUAACCAGAUACCGGGUCCAUUCCUCGCCAAGCUGACGAGACUGUGGAAACUAUACCAUCUCCUUGUCGGCUCGUACACGAAGCGCGUCAACGAGCUUCACCGGCUAUAUGGUACGUCCGCAAUGCCUUUGGCCGAAAAACAAGAACUCGUCUUGAUCGGCAAGAAACUGUCGAAAACCACAAGCACCAUCGCACCCGACGCGCUGGUCUCUCUCGUCGCCUGUACUCACAUGGAGAGACUCAAGCGAAACGAACACUUGAUUCGUGCUUGUGAUGACCAGUUUCUCGACCUUCUUUUGCUCGCCGCCCAGAACAAGAAGCCGGUCGAUGUGGCCAAUGUGCUCACGCGUUACGCCUUCGAGGUGAUGAUUGCUAUGACCACCGAGAAACGCGCUGGCUUCUUGGAUGCGUCACCAAGCACAGAAAGAGUUGUCCGCCAGCUCGCCUCCUGGAAAUUUCAUAGCGUCUUAUUCGGCUCGUUCCUGCGUUAUCAUCCGCUGAUCAACUCGAUUCUCAAGAAGCUACAUUUCCAUAGCCAGGGCCAGAGCCUGCUUGACCCGGUCAUGGACGUGCUCGGACAGGACCCCAACGAGAACGGCAAUCUUGCUUUCCCCGUUCGUGACAAAGAAGCAAGAAUUGCACUGGUGCUCGCCGCUGCAGACCCUACCAUGACGCUCAUCCUCGAAGUCCUCAGGACUGUCAGUCAGGAUCAGGAGUUGCAGUCGCAGCUGUCAGAGGAGGUGAGAACCUCCAGCUUGACUAAGUCUCCAUCGUUUCAAUCAAUCAUCAUACACAAGGCCAAGGCUCCGCUGCUCCAUGCUGUCAUACAGAGGCAGAUUCGUACUCAGAAGCUAUCUGAUACUGGGAUCAGCUUUGUUGCGGGCGCUGGCGGCACACGAAUUGGAAAUAUCGUCGUGCCUGAGAAAGAGACCAUCACAAUCACCUCCGUUGACAGU